AUGAACUCAAGGAUAUUUUGCUUUUUUGCUGUGCUUGUUCUUAGUGUUUCAAUUUCAUUAGUUCUUUAUACUGUUAAUUCACCUGAGCAAAAACACCUUCGGAAGUUGAACCUCUCAGUGACUUCUAUCUUAGCAGAAGCCUGUGAUGCACUUAUUGAAGAGAAGGCAUUUUUUGUACAAGAAAACGCAUUAAAAACAUCAUUUGGGAGAACCUGUUGCACCAAAUACUUAAUUCAAAAUCAUUAUAUAACCAGCCCUCUCUCAGCAGAAGAAGCUGCCUUUCCUUUGGCUUAUAUCAUAACCCUUCAUAAGGAAUUUGAUACUUUUGAAAGACUUUUCAGGGCUAUUUAUAUGCCCCAAAAUGUUUACUGUAUCCAUGUGGAUCGGAAAGCAACUGCUAAGUUUAAGCAAGAUGUGGAGAAAUUAUUGAACUGUUUCCCCAAUGCUUUUCUUGCCUCUAAAAUGGAGCUAGUGGUAUAUGCUGGAAUAUCCAGACUUCAGGCGGAUUUGAACUGCAUGAAAGACCUGCUGGAAUCAGGAGUUCGGUGGAAGUACCUGCUCAACACGUGUGGACAAGAUUUUCCCUUGAAAACCAACAAGGAAAUAGUUCAGUAUCUGAAAAUAUUUAAAGGGAAAAACAUCACUCCUGGAGGUCUGCCUCCUGCCCAUAUUAUCAGAAGGACCAAAUAUGUCCACAGGGAACAAAUAUACAGUUUCGCUUCUUUCAUGCUGUGGACCUUUGUACGAAAAGCACCACCUCCACACAAUCUGAUCAUCUACUUUGGCUCUGCUUAUAUUGCUGUCACAAGGGAAUUUACCGAGUUAGUUCUCAGAGACCAGCGUGCCAUUGAUUUACUUGAAUGGUCCAAGGACACCUAUAGUCCAGAUGAACAUUUCUGGGUGACACUCAAUUCGAUACCAGGUAUGUCUGACUUUCCUCCCACUAUGUCCUCGCUAUUAAUCUAUGUAAUCCUUCUGCCUAACAGGUCUACUAUACUUCAAACAAAGUGGAUCAUUUUAUUUUCUAUUAUUUAA